AUGGAUUUAGAUACUUUAGCAACCACCCUGUCUAAUGACCCCACUUUACAAGACAAUUCUGAUGAUGACGCAUUGGGCAGCGAUCCCAUUGAGAUUGAGGAUAUUUUGCCAAAUGCCUGUAGGAAAGAAGCUGAUCACGACACUGCAAUCAUAGCAGCUCAACCAGCAGGGCUCUUUGACACAAUGUUACUUCCUGAUGUACCUGCCCAUCAUGGUGCUUCUGUAACAAAUAAACUUGACAAGGCUGAAAUUCAGCUUCAAGCAUUGUUAAUGAAAGAACUUAAAUACACUGUUGUUGACAACACUCCUUAA